AUGUUCAAAACUAUAGCCAUCGUCUUCCUAAUAUCCCACAUAAACACCAUCGAAGGAUUCUUCGUCAGCGGCCGGGACGUCAGAAGGUUCUUCGGCCUGACGCCGGCCAACAUCUUCAAGUGGCUGCGCAGCGACUCCGACCAAGACCUCCGGGAGGAGUACGGGGAGCUGUACAAGAAAAUCUACCCGGAGAGCAUCAACGAGAAGCUGCGCAAGUACUCCACGGAGCACCCGGCGGAUCUGCUCGAUUUGGAGGAUUCGAAGCGGCACGAGAGGAUCGAGAGUUUGACCAAGGGCGCGUCGCGCCAGAAACCGGGCAGGGCCCACAAGGGCGAAUCCGGCAGGAUUUUUAGGGUGAAAAUCGUAACGGAAGAGGAGACGGGCGGUAAGAUCGACGAUGAUCUGCAGAAAAUUGUGCUGGUUGUACCAGAGAAAGGAGCUAAAAACCACCUACAAGCUUACCACGACGACGACGAUCAGUAUUUCAAAUAUUUAAGCAGCUACCCGGAGACCACUCACGAGGAUAUUUCCAACGAUCCCUCGUUUUUGUACAAGUAG